AGGUAAUGCCCGCUGUCUCUGCUUUCCCAGCCUGACCAGUGCUUCCCGGGGCUCUCUAAGGAGGCGGGGGCCUUGAACAUUGGACAGAGAUGGGCAGAUCCUUCUCCGACAGCCACGCUCAGCAUAGAUCUCCGUAAAGUCAAGAGCGCGGCCUCCUCCUUUGAGUUCCGCACCCAUGACCCAGAAGGCGUUAUUUUCUACGGGGACACGAACCCCGGCACCGACUGGUUCGUCCUGGGCCUGCGCAGGGGGAAGCUCGAAAUGCAGAUCCACAACAGCGUCAUUAGCAUCAGCGUCUCUGGGGGGCAGUCCAUCAACGACGGCCGGUGGCACCAGAUCAUGGUGAAGAACGAAGGGGACAGCGUGGUGCUAGAGCUGGACGGGGCUGAGCUGCUGACUCUCAGUCAAGUUUCUCACGCCAUCCUUGGUCACCCUUUCCUGGAAAUGCGCAUUGCUGUGGGGGGUCUUCUUAUCCCCUGGAAGGAUUUGAUCAUUCCGAUGAACACAGCCAUGGACGGCUGCUUGAGGCGGUGGAACUGGUUGAACACGAGCAGCAGUUGGCUGGAAGGGACCGCCCUGGACGGCGAGGGGACCAAAGGCUGCUUUCCCAGCAUCCACCGGGGCAGCUUCUUCCCUGGAGGCGGACUGGCCAGCUUCCUGCUCUCAGGCCUCCCCAGCGGACUGAGCGCCAACAACGAGAGCUGGGCACUGGCUGUGGAGGUGUCUUUCAGUGCCAGCCCACAGAAGGGGGUGAUCCUGGCGGUCUCACCUGCGGAGCUGGCCCCGAUCCUCAGUCUGAAACUGGAGGACACGGACGUGGUAGCGCAGCUGGGGGACAAGACAGUUCUGCAGAGCCCGCUACCUGUGGGGGCCUGUCCGGCUUUGGCUCUUCUGCUCCGUGUCAACUCCUCCGAGCUCACCUUGCAUCUGGGCCCCCAUGUAACCUCAGAGUCGAUCCGGGAGGCAGAGUUCGAAGCCCUACGGCGUCUCUGGCUGAGCGGGGAAGGCCGUCUUUUCCUUGGGGGGCUCCCUGGGCAGGGAGACACCCCUCUGACUCAGGAGGGAAGUUUCUUCCGGGGCUGCCUCCACGAGAUCCGGGUUCAAGGCUUGAUGCUGGACCUCGACUCAGCCCAAUACAGAAGCAAUGCCAUCUGGGCCUACAGCUGCCCCGGGAACGAGAGCCUCGGCCUCAGCGGCACAGACGGCGACGCCAAACUGGGGGGCAAGGGGGAGGUUUCCCCGACACUGGCAGCCUCACCCCUCCCCUCCUAGCACCCAGAUCUGUCCCCCUCCCUCCCCGAAGAAAUGCGAGCGUGGGUGCUGUGUGGCUCCAGCGAAGUUUAAUUGUUUACGACAGCAUGGGCUUGCUGUGGCAAAAACAUCCGUGGCCCUGUGGCUAGGAUAGAGGGGUGCUAGGUCAGCAGGCCUCCGGUUGCGAAUGGUGGUGCGACUGUUGUGGUUUGACUGUGAGGGUGAGAGAUUGAAAGGCAUGUGGCGGAGGGGGAGGGGCGCGACAGGGGUGUGCAGUCCCAGACUCUGCCCCCCACUUGCCAUUCAUGGCAGAUGGACACUAUGACCUCAGGCGACCUCAAACGACCUCAAGCAAGGCAUGCCCACCCUGCGCUGCAAGAGCCAAUCACAGUUCCAUUUCAGUUGCAUUCUCUGCUGGAAAAAAUUUGACAUGUCGACAUUUUGGGGAACGAAAUGCGUGGCGCACGGCUUUGGGGGGGCCAAGGAGUUCCACAGGGUCCAAGUGGACCUCAGGUGUUAGCAUCACCAACUCUGGAGCUUUGUGAAAGGUUUGCUUUUUUAAAAAAAGGCAGGGCGGGGGGAGGCUGAACUGCACACACGCCUGUUACGGGAGGGGGGGGCACGCGCAUGUAGUCGAGACGAAGCCCACGCCAGCCUUUGUGUGGUUAGCUACUGUUGCAUACAAGGGACAUCCUUGUAUUUUGUUCAUCAUGGGUGAUUAAAAUGGUCAGCGGGA